AAAUUCAUAAACUGUAGUUUGAUUCUACUGGAUGAAAGAAGAAAGAGCACCGACUUUAUCUGAGGAUUUGAUCUUGAAUCUGAUCGGAAUCUGAUUUUAUUCCAGCGGCUCCGUCACGGGUUCUUGAGAGACACUCCGGUCCAGCAGGGGGCAGUGACACCUCGGAAUCACAUUUCACUUACAAUCAAGGUAAAAGGAGGGAAAAGAGCGCAGAGCGGCGCAGAGCGCGGAGGGAGCCGACCGAGGAGGAACUCAGCUGGAGGCGUGAACUUCAGACGGCACUAGAAACGCUUUUAAACUCACAUGUUAACCAGUAACUGCUGUUCCCAGCCGUGUGUUGUCUUCAUUUUCAGACCUGAUGUGUGAAAAUGACUGUAAUCCUGCGACUCGAAGGCCUGGAUGUGGAGGCAGGCGCCGAACACAUUCGAGCUUUUUUCAAGGAGCUCCACAUACCUGAUGGUGGAGUGUAUAUAAUCGGAGGACGGCUCAGAGAGGCUUUUAUCGCCUUCGGCUCGGAGAGGGAUGCCCAGCUCGCCAUGAGACGCACCGGGAACCUGCUCAAAGGCUCGGAGGUGACUCUGUAUGUCAGCAGCAUGGCCGAGCUGGAGCGCAGGCUGGAGUCGCUGUUCAGGAAGAAGAAGAAAAGCUCCCAGCUCACCGUGCAGAGACCUGCGGCGAAACCGUCAACUUUGAGCGCCCCUGAGGACCUCACUGUUAACCCUCCAUCUUCCCCUGUGUGGCCACAAGACCCCGACACUGCAAAUCUGCCACUUUUAAGCACGCCGCAGCAGCCGGUCGCUCAAAAUCUGGACUCCGGCACGGCUUUUCUUCUCGGGAUCUGCACCGUCCUUCAGGGUCUGCAGUCGUCCCCGCAAGUUGAACUUAAUAACACAGCCGAUUCUCCUAAAGCUGCCGUGCUCGACAAUUCACCAGAACAGACUCUGGACUCAAGGCCGGGCUACGUCAGGCUCUUCGGUCUGCCGGCCUCGACCACAAAAGAGGACAUCUGCCGGUUUUUCACAGGGCUGACGGUGCAGGAGGCCAUCGUUAACGUGCAGCUGGGAGUCAAUCACGGCUGCCUUGUGAAAUUCGCAAACAUGCAGGAUGCGCGCGACGCUCUUGACUUCAACCAGCAGCUUCUGGGCCACAUCUGCGUGGAGGUUCGUGGGGCGACGGAGAAGAUGUGGAACGGCGCGCUGCAGGAAUGUGAACUCGCUUUAAAGGGUGGGGAGAGACUGAAACCGGAGAAAAAACCUCAGAAGGAAAACCACAAGCAAAAAUCUUCACUCCCGAUUAAGAAGCGAGCAGUCAACCAACUUCCAUCUGAACCACCGAAAAAACCCAAGCUCACCGCAGCCUCCACGCCUCCUUCAUCUCCACCGGGGGACCACACCAUCAUUGUCAGCAAACUGCCCAAAGACAUGAACAAGACGGAAAUAAAAAUACUGUUCGGCUGUCCAAACCUCUCCAACAAAAAAGUGCUCCAUCUGCUUGACAAAAAAGGCAACACAACGGACACAGCUUUUGUCACUUUUGACCGAACAGCAGAUUACGAAUAUGCACUUAAUCUGUCGGGCUGCCAUGUGGGCACCAGCGCCAUCGAGGUCUCGUCGAUCAGUAAACAGAAGAUGGCUGAGAAGUUGGCCACGACUCGCGCUCUGACUCGUCUGAAGACCGGCUGGAAACCAAAACAGAAACUGGGUUCGGCUGAGAAGAGGUCGAAACAAGCGGCUCAGACGUGCCUAUUUGUCAGAAACCUUCCAGCACACGUACAGGCAAGUCACAUAAAUGGGCUUUUCCGCAAAUACAAGCUGAACAAGGACAGUGUCGUGGUGCUGCGCGAUGGCGACGGAAACGGCCUGGGUGAAGCUGUGGUUCAGUUUGAGUCGGAGGCGGUCGCCACUCUGGCCCACAGGAUGCACGGGAAAACAUUCCUGGGAACAAAACUGCUUUUUACUCGCAUAAGUGAGAAGCAGAUGGAGGAGAUCCUGACGAAACACGUUUAGGGGAACACAAACAAACCUAACGCUGAUAUAAAGUCUUUGUUGUCCCGUCAGUUUUGUUGGUCGACCGCUGUUCUGCCUGAAUCAGUUUCUGCUUGUCCAAUCAUUUUAUCGAUAAUCACCGGCCAUGUCUUCAUUUUCGCUUCAUGUACGUUCCAUUCAGAUCAAAAUAAAGAUUGUUUAAUUAUG